AUGGGCGACGUGCCAGCGGCCCUUCUUCGCCCAUUCGACCUCUCCGCACUUCCAUAUGGAGAUGGCGCAGUGACAGAAACUGCGGCCCGGCGUGCGGCCCUGGGCGGCAAGCUCUUCCUCGAUCGCCUGCUCGCAUUCGCAGACGUUGACGGACCGGCUCUCUACCCUCCCGCCUCGCCAAGCGGCUUCCGUCACCUCCUCGCUGCUAUCCAUGGAAGCAACGUCGACCGUCUGAAGCGCGACUGCUUUGUGUACUACCUUGCUCGCGAUGCCGAUGCCGCGGCAUGGAGCACCAGCAGCCAGACUGUGGACACUAUGGAUGUCGAUGCCGGCUCCAACCCGGACACCCACCCGCGCGCCGCUGCCUUUGCCCGCGCACGUUGCCUGCCCCGCACCUGGCGCCUGUUCAUCGAUGGCUACUGGCACCUCGACCACGGAGAGUGGGAUCUGGCUGUCGAGUGCCUUCGCGACCCGUCCAUCCCCGCCGUCAACUUUGUGCCCGAGAUUGUUGGUGCGCUGACCACGCUUGUCGCGCCGCCAUCCCACUCGCUCAACCUCGUGCAUGCCUUCCUCACUCCCCGUGAGCUGGAGAGCAAGGUGGAGAAGGACGCCGCCCUUCUUGCUGCGGCCUCGGUGGCCGGCAUGUCUGCUGCGUUUGGCAAGAUCCGCGCUCUCGACGACACCGACGCACGCACCAAGGCGCGCGAGGCCGUCUGGUGCUGGUCCCUCGGUGCUCCCCGCUCCCCAGCAGGAAGGGGAACAUACACUGCUCAGCCCAAGGCGCUGCGCGAGCUCCUCCACCUCGCUCUCUCGGACGAGGAGCACGCCCACCUCGUCCAGCUCCUGGCCCAGCCCCCGCGUGACAUUAGCGCACCUGCCCGCUCCCUCCUGCACGACCUUGUUACUUUGCGUCUAGUCCAUGACGGAAAGUAUGAAGAGACGCUUGCUCUCGACAAGGAGCUUGCUGGCACCGACGCCGCUUCUGCCGCCGACCGCCAGCGUCGCCGCGAGAUGGUCCGCGAGUUUAUUGACAUUCUCCCCGAGGCCCAGCGCCGCAUCCUCCUUGGCGACCGUGCGGUCGAGCAUGUUGCCAAUGGCGAGAGCGGUGAUGUGGACAUGUCGAGAUCGUGGAUCGAUGUCGCUGCCGACCGCUCGGCGUCUGCUUCGGCUUCGGCUGCCGCACCAGCGGCUCCUCCUGUCGCCGCGCCAUCGACCCCCGCUCGUGUCGUCGCACCCACGCCGAUCCGCGCACCAGCACUCCGCAACAUUGCCAGCAGCAACGGCACCCCAUCGCGCACUGGUACCUCAUCGCCGUUCGGCGGCCCUCCCCGCUUCGCUGCGGCCCCCAUUGCCUCCCCUCGACCCACGUCUCCUACGCGUACCAUCGGCUCGCCGGCGCCAUCCAAGCAGCCAUCGCCCGUUCGCGCACCCCGCCUCCUCACUCCGGAGGCUGUCCCUGCUCCUCCGCCAGUUCAGCGCGCUGCCUCGCCGCCUCCUCGCGUGACAGCCAACCCCUUCCAUCCUCCCGCCUCAUCGUCCAAGCCUGUUCCGGCACGCAAGCCCAAGCGCAUUAUCGACGACACUCCUCGCCGGUCCAGCCGCCGCCGCUCCGAGGCCCCCGAGGACAACGAGGACACCCUCAUGCAGGCCCCCUCCGAACCUCCCAUCCCCGAGGACGAGCCUGCGCCGCCCACUCCUGCCCCCGUUGUCGAGAAGACUCCCGCACGCCGCACUCGUCGCGCCACCGCCCAUGUCAAGGAGGCUUCUCCAACCCCCACCGUCGAGGCCGACACCACCCCGACGAAACGUACUACUCGCGGUGUCGGGCGCGCAUCUCGCGCCUCGACGGCCGAGACGGCCGAGACCGAGGAACCUCACUUCCCGGGCGCGUUUGACGCCAAGCCCCCCCGCAGCACCCGGUCGGCAGCAAAGGCUCACCUGGACGAGCCCGAGCCCAGCGCGCCCGAGCCCAAGCGCGUGCGCGCCAAGGCUGCGUCCAAGCCCACACCGGCAUCUACGCCGGCCACGCGCCGCACCACGCGCGCCAUGAGCGAGAUGACAGACGAUGGGAGUGUGGCCGGAGACCUGCCGGCCACGGGCCGCAGGACAAGGCGGACCGUCGCGGCCAGCGACAGGGGGAGCCCGACGCCGAGCGUCGCGGGAAGCAGUGUCGCGGGCUCGCCCACGCGUAGGCGGACCACGCGCGCGGUGAGCGCUACCCCGCGCCAAACGCGAUCGCGCAAGUAG